UUUGGUGUGGAAAUUAGCUGAAUCAUGGAGACUAACAACUCUAGCCAGUCUCCCAGGCCAAAAGCUCCUGCUCCGUUCCUGGCCAAGACGUAUGCGCUGCUAGAGGAAGGUGAAGAAGGUGACGACAAUGGAUCAUACGGUAACAAGAAAAUUGUUUCCUGGAAUACAGAGGGCACCGGGUUCGUGGUAUGGUCUCCAGCUGAGUUCUCAGAGCUCAUCUUGCCUAGAUAUUUCAAGCACAGCAAUUUUUCGAGCUUCAUUCGACAGCUUAAUACAUAUGGAUUCAAGAAAGUGUCGUCAAAACAAUGGGAAUUCAAGCACGAGAAGUUUCAGAAAGGAUGCAAGCAUAUGCUGGUGGAGAUAACCCGGAAGAAGAGUGAGGUCAGUGUGUUUCCAGCGUUCCUCAAGGCUUCCGGUGAGGAGAGCUUGAGUGCCGAGGAAAGCAAUCAUCUGGUACUGAUGGAGGAGAACAAGAAUCUGAGAAGGGAGAAGGUGGAACUAGAGAUGCAGAUUGCUCAAUUUAGAGCAAUGGAGAUGAAGUUGGUGGAUUUUCUUGCUGAACAUGUGGGAAAUAACAACAAAAUAAGGAGAUUAUGCUAGAACUUUCCCCCCUUCCAGAAUGAGGGGGUAUAUGAUCCCAAAGAUGUUCUUGGGUCCAAGCUCGGUUUAUGAAAGUACUUAAAAUACCUUUAUAGGAUGAGAUUCAUCAUGGGUGUUUUGGCACUUACAUGGUCUGGACCGCAUAACUAUAUUCUGAACUGAAAAUCAACGUUCUCAUAUAAU